CUCACACACCCGCUGCCGCGGCCGCCGGCGGGUCAGAAAGAAAACACUUGUGCUGGCUGCAUUUCCUGGGAUAUGACCCGAGCUCAAGGCUGUCAGCCAGUCCUGCCCAGAAGUGCCACUUUCAGAGUCUGGAGUUGAUGAAGUAUUUCAAGCUAAUGGAGUGGGUUUUCUAGAAAACUCCUUACAGAUAAAACCCCUCACGUGGCCUUUGUCAAUAUGCUGUUUGAGACGGAGAGCGAUAAGCAGAAGCUGAAAACACCCAGCUGAUUUCUGUCCCUCCUUUUCCUGCCUGUGUGCGCCUCCGCCUGAUUCGGGUGAUGUGAUAACUCAGAGAGACGGCGCCGUCCGAGCCUGCCUUCUGCGAGACCCGUCCAGCCCAGGACGGGAGGCACAGAGCCCGGGAUGGCCAGUCAGCCGCCAGAGGAGGCGGCCGAGUCUCAGGUCUCGGACGAGCUGGAGUGUAAGAUCUGCUACAACCGGUACAACCUCAAACAGAGGAAGCCCAAGGUGCUGGGGUGCUGCCACCGGGUGUGCGCCAAAUGCCUGUGCAAGAUCAUCGACUUCGGGGACUCCCCGCACGGCGUCAUCGUCUGCCCUUUCUGCAGGUUCGAGACGUGCCUGCCGGACGACGAAGUCAGCAGCCUGCCCGACGACAACAACAUCCUGCUGAACCUGACCUGCGGCGGCGGCAAAGGCAAGAAGUGCCUGCCGGAGAACCCCACCGAGCUGUUGCUGACCCCCAAGCGGCUGGCCUCGCUGGUCAGCCCCUCGCACGCGUCCUCCAACUGCCUGGUCAUCACCAUCAUGGAGGUGCAGCGGGAGAGCUCGCCGUCGCUCAGCUCCACGCCCGUGGUCGAGUUCUACCGGCCCUCCAGCUUCGACUCGGUGACCACCGCCGUGUCGCACAACUGGACCGUGUGGAACUGCACGUCCCUGGUCUUUCAGACGUCCGUCCGGGUGCUGGUGUGGUUGCUGGGCUUGCUCUACUUCAGCUCCUUGCCCUUGGGCAUCUAUUUACUGGUCUCCAAGAAGGUCACGCUGGGGGUCGUCUUCGUCAGCCUGGUCCCCUCCAGCCUCGUCAUCCUGAUGGUGUACGGCUUCUGCCAGUGCGUCUGCCACGAGUUCCUAGACUGUCUGGCACCGUCCUCUUAAGCGAGACUGGUGCCGAGAAGUCUAACACCCCUUGCCACGUGUCCAGUUAGGUCACUUAGCCUUUGUUUUCUAUCACAGUCUCUGUGAUCGGCGCCCGUGGCGUGAACAGAGCCCGUGGGCAUAUGUCUAUGGUCCGUUUUCCAUCCAAAUGUUGACUGGGUGGCUUUUCCCGUAUGCUGGAAGUAACAUGUGCGUUUCUACUUACGUGUUAGCAAAGAGACAGGGAUCAGCUCAGCCUUCUAGGGCUUUUCUCCUGAGUCUUCCCAGAGACAGGGCAGCCGCCGCUCAGAGCUGCUAGUCGGACCCCGGGGCCUGACGUGUUGCGCCGCGGCAGCCCGAGUCUUUGUGGACGGUUAGGCAUGAACUGGUUCCUCUUCUCAUCAUCUUAGCCUGGGAUGGAGGGUAGACCCAAGAAGGGGGGCAGCCCCAGGGCACACCCAUUUGCACAGUGCACACCCCUGCCCCCGGCCCACGGUUGGCACUUCCCUGGAUCCUUUCCAGUUCAGAUGCUGGUCCCUCUGUGCGUGGUACUUGCCAAGAGGAACCCAGCCUCUUGCGUGGUUUCAGUUAUAAGCAUGUUUUGUCACAGUACUAUAGAGAGUUUAAAACGCUGAGGAAUCUGCAUCAGUAAACCUCAAGGCAGAGUGUGGCCACUCAUUUUGGACACACACCCUUUUUUCCUCCAUGUUUAUUUUCCACCCUCCAGGUUUCUCUGAAAUUCUCUGAGAGCAGUUAAUGUUCACAGAGACCCAAUUUGAGCUUUUCCUUAAAGCAUUUUAGUUUAGUUUCUUCUUUUUUUUUUAAAACGACGUUCAUUCAGCACCAUCCUUUAUCCUGGGUGGGGUUCCAUUUAAUUAGUUGCUAUAACUAUAUGUGGAUUUCAAUUAUUUUUUCCCAUUUCAUUUUAAAUUCUAGUAUGGACUCGCUUAACUUAAUCCUGUAACAAUUUGGCGUAAAUUGUGGCAGCGAAAACCCAGGAACAGUUCAGGAGCUGUUCCAGCUCAUGGUUUGAUGUGCUGAGAACUGAAGUAUUUUGCUGUGUUCUAAUGAGCUGUACCAAAAUAUAAUGGCUUAGGUUUAUGUGCAGUAGCUCAGGCAAAAGGAUGGGCAAGAGAGAUGUCAAGCUGAUGCCCUUCAAGGGAGUCUAUAACAAAAUGGAAGGGCAGAGUGCAAUCUACCAUUCUGCCAUCCCUGUUAAGUCCCUUUUAGAAUGGAUUCAAGUUCUCAUGCAAUUUAUUUCAAAUAAAAGCAUAAGCUUAUGUGACUUGAGUUAAUGAACUUCUUUUCGUGAGAUGGGGGACAUUGAAUGUAUAUAUUUAUGAGAAGAAAUUGGUUAGCAGAUUUUAGGUUUGAGGGAAUAGAAUGCCCACAGAAAGUAG